GCAGCACUGGCGGCGGAGUCGGUGUGGAUUAGCGCGCUGCUGCUGGAGGAGUUUGCUGCUGACCUUUCGGUGCCGCGGCUGCUGCAGCGGUACGAAGACGCGUUUGGGCGUGAGGGGGGUUUGCUGCUGCAGCGGGAGCCGCAGGGGGAGGUGCAGCAGAAGGUGCUGCUGCUGCUGCAGCUGCUGCUGCAGCAAGGCUUCGAAGUGGUCUUCAUUCUGCAGCACCGCAUGCAUCUUCUGUCUCCGCCUCUUUCCGAAGAAAUGGUUUGGAGAACUUACGAGUUGGACCGCCACUACUGGCGGCUGCGUGCUGCGCGAGUCAAGCUGCUGCAGCUGGGGGUCACGCUGCAGCAGCAGCAGCAGCAGCAGCAGCAGCAGCAGCAGCAGCAGCAGCGGCGGCGGCGGGAGGGCGGCGACGCCGCCGCGACGCAGCCUGCUGCUGCUGCUGCUGCUGCUGCUGCUGGGGAAACUCCGGAAGCAAUUAAGACUAAGCUGCUGCAGCUUGUUGCUGCAGCACACACUGAACAAGAUCUUGAGGAUGUGCGGCUCUUUGUGGUGACCCACUACCACCCCCAGCUUGCUGCUGCUGCUGCUGCUGCUGCUGCUGCUGCCAAGGGCAGCAGCAGCCAGCUCUCCGAGCCAGCGGACAAGGAAGAGACCCUCGAGGAAGCAGAUGACCCCUUGCUGCAGCAAGAAGCUGGAGACGAUGAGCUGCACGAGCAGCAGCAGCAGCAGCAACUGCAGCAGGGAGAGGACGAGGGCUUCUUCCAGGAGCAGCAGCAGCAGCAGCAGCAGGAUCUGGAUGUGCUGCAGCAGCAGCAGCAGCUCACCCAAGACAGCGCGCUGCAGCAAUCGCAGCCAGACGGCAACGAAAGCCUCCCGUGGACUGCAACACAAGAAGCAGCAGCAGCAGCAGCAGCAGGAGCAGCAGCAGCAGCAGCAGCAGCAACGGAGGGAGACAGCCUAGUGCCCUCAUUCCCCACGCAGCCAUCGGCAGAUGCUGCUGCUGCUCCGAGUCAGGAGUGGCAGCAGCAGGAGCAGCAGCAGCAGGAGCAGCAGCAGCAAGAGCUUCUUGAGCAGCAGCUAGAUGUUGAUCCGCAGCACGUGCUGCGCGACCUGCAGCAGCUAUAUCUACAGCAGGGAGACGAGCAGCAGCAGCAGCAGCAGCAGCAGCAGCAGCAGCAGCAGCUUGAUGUUGAGGAGCCCGUGGGAGGCUCUCAGCUGUUUCACGACGAGGAGAUGCUGCAGCAGGAGCCUCAUGACGAAGCAGCAGACGCAGCAGCAGCAGCAGCACUGCAGCAGCAAGACGCAGCAGCAACACCGGCAGCCCUUGGUGCUGCCCUCGAGUCUGCUGCAGCGGCAGCAGCAGCAGCAGCAGCGGGUGCUGCUGCAGCCCAGCAAAAAGCAGCAACGUCAGUAGUUGGUCACCCAGUAGCAGCAGACUCGGUCGAAGCAGCAGGGCGGCCAUCAGCAGCAGCAGAGUCAGCAGCAGCAGCAGAGCCAACAGCAGCAGCAGAUCCAGCAGCAGCAGAGCCAGCAGCAGCAGCAGCAGCAGCAGCACCUGCUGCAGCGCCUGCACCGACACAAACGCCAGCACCAGCACCUGCGCGGCCUCAUGCGGCGAAGUGGGAUCAGCCGCCGCAGCAGCUGCAGCAGCAGCAGCAGCAGCAGCAAGAGCAGCAGCUGUUGCUGCAGCAAGGGAGGCAGGACAGGGUGCAGCCUAGUAAAUCAGCUCACAGUGACAUUAACAGCAGCAGCAACAGCAGCAGCAGCAGCAGCGCAACAAGAGGGGCCCCCAGGACCACUUCUCGCUGGGGCCAGGGGGCCCCCAAGCCAGCAGCAGCAGGAGAGUCUGCAGCAGAAGUUGCAGCAGCAGCAGCAGCAGACUUCUUCGGCUUUUCGAGCUCCCAGGAGCCAGCAGCGGGUGCCACGCAGCGAGCAGCAGCAGCAGCAGCAGCAGCAGAAGCAGCAGACUCAUCAGGCUUUUCUGGUUCUUCAAGGCCAGCAGCAGCUCCGUCGCAAGCAGCAGCAGCAGCUGCAGCAACAGAAUCCGCUGCUGCUGUGGCAGCAGCAGCAGCAGCAGACUUCUUUGGCUUCUCCCAGAGCAGCGCAACAGAUCGCAGCAGAGACGAAGACCGAAUGGAGAUAGACGGGCAGCCAACCAGCAGCAGCAGCAGCAGCAGCAGUAGCAGCAGCAGCAGCAGCAGCAGCAGCAGCAGCAGCAGCAGCAGCUGGGGCGGAGGGCUGUCGGUGCUCAGAGACAGCUACGGCUAUCGGUGGGAGCUGACGAAGGAGCAGCAAGCUGCAGCAGCAAAAGAAGAAGAAGAGCUGAAGCAGCUUCUUGCUGCUGCUCAAGAGGAAGAGUGGGCGGAAGCAGAAGCAGCAGCAGCAGCAGCAGCAGCAGCAAACAGGCCCAUCACCUACAAAGAUAUAUCGCCUUCCGACGCCAUCGAACUGGCGCACCGGUACGGGCUGUCGGGGGCGUGGGACGGUUUGCUGCUGGACAGCAGCAGCUUCGCAGCAAAUUUGACUUUUUUAUGUUUUGAAGAUAAAAACCCUUUAGAGCCAAGUGCAGCACUUCCUUUGCCUCGGCAGCCGCUGCUGCCAGCCCCUCAGAUUGCUGCUGCGCCGGAAGCAGCAGCAGCAGCAGCAGCAGCAGCAGCGGCGGCGGCGGCGGCGGCGGGGGCCGGCGGCGGGCCGGCAGCAGCAGCAGCAGCAGCAGCAGCAGCAGCAGACGCGCAGCUGGAAGCUGCUGCUGCCCAGUGGGCUGCCCAGUGGACCAGGGGCCCCUUCGUGACGGGGGCCCAAGUGCUGUCGCUGCUGGUGCAGCGCAGCGCGAGAGAGCUGGCAGCAAACUUGCUGCUGCGGCAGCUGCUGCGGCAGAAGCUGCUGCUGCUGCUGCAGGUCUCUGUGGUCACCACUCCCAAGGGCGAGAGGGAGGCGGACCCUGCGAAGCCUUGCUGGCUGGCGCGCAGGCUCUGGCGGCUGCCCCUCGCGCGCUUCCGCGAAGAGGCCAGGUUUGGGGCUUGCGUGCAGAUCCUGCCCGAGUUCACGCCGCCCCAGCCCUGCCUGCCAUGGCGGGACCGCGCAAGGCGGAGGCAGCAGCAGCAGCAAGCAGCAGCAGCAGCAGCAGCAGCAAGGCAGCAGCAGCCGCUGCAGAAGCAAAGCAAGACACAAGAGGAAGCAGCAGACCCUCUUGUGAGGCCCAGGAAGCUGCAGCAGCUUUUGAAAGACAGAAGAGACAACCCCAUAGGGCCCCUCUUCCUCCAGAUUCAGCAGCUGGAGAAGCAAGGAGAAGUUGUCAUGGUGCUGCACCCUUUGGCUGGAGAAACUCCGCCGUGGCGGCGGGAAGAAUUUAGCCGGCGGCAUGCGGAGGCUUUGAAGGAGCAGCAGCUGCUGCGGCUGAGCAGCAGCAGCAGCAGCAGCAGCAGCAGCGGCUACCUCGAGGACCUGCAGCAGCAGCAGCAGUUCCUCGAGAGCGAGCAGCGGAAGUUCGCCGAGGCGGAGCAGGAAGACCAGCAGCAAAUCGAGACGCUGCUGAAGCAGCUGCUGCAGGCCUACACGCCGCUGGCUGCUGCGCUGAACAGCAGCAGCAGCAGCAGCAGCAGCAGCAGCAGCGAGGAACUUGCUGCUGCUGCGCCGUGGGUCUACGUGCAGCGGCUCAUUCUGAAGCGGCUGCUGCUGCACGAAAUGCUGCCUGUUGUUAAGAAGGAAGCAAAAGAGUUGCUGCUGCGGCAGUCUCAAGAAGCUGUGCUGCGCUGCUGCAGCGAAAUGCUGCACUGGAAGCUGAAUAUGGAGCCGCUGCGGCCGACGCCGCAGCAGCAGCAGCAGCGGCAGCAGCAGCUGCUGGAGGACCAGAGCAGCAGCAGCAGCAGCAGCGGCAGCGACAGCAGCAGCAGCAGCGACUCGGAGGCGUCCGCUGCUGCGGGCGCGUCGCCGUCGCAGAAGCGGCGGAAGCGGCAGCAGCAGCGGCAGCAGCAGCAGCAGCGGCAGCAGCGGCUAGCAGCAGACCCAGCAGCAAUUGACUGCCUCGCCUUCGUGGUGCAGCACCUUGCAGUUGGCAGCAGCAGAGCAGCAGCAGCAGCAGCAAGAGCGCAUGCAGUGUUUGUGAAUUCCUUAGGAGAAGCAGAAGCCCACGAGUGCUUCGACUUGCUGCUGAACGCGCGGCUGCCCGACGACCCGCAGCAGCAGCAGCAGCAGCAGCAGCACGGCGACGAGCAGCAGCAGCAGCAGCAGCAGCAGCAGCAGCGGGUCACCCGCGAGCAGCAGCUAGCCCUCAAUGACCUGCAGCGGCUGCUGCGGCUCUUCAGAGAAAGGCCCAUCGAUGCUGUUGUCAUCGGAGUGAGGGGCCCCGAGGCGCUGCUGCUGCAGCAGCUAAUUAAGCAGCAGCUGCUGCCGCGGCUGCAGCAGAAGCACCGGCCUUUUGCUGUUGUCUUGGGCCCUUUGGAAGUGCCUUCCAUAUGGGCGGGCAGCGACAGAGCAGCAGAGUCUCUCAAGAGAAACAUGUGCAGAGAGGCCCUCAUGACUGCUGCUGGCCCUGCUGCUGCUGCUGUCGCGGCCGCUAAUGCGCUGUCGCUUGCGAGGUUCGUUCAAAACCCUUUAGCGGAGGCUGCGACUUUGUGGGGAGAAGGCGCAGACAAUUUGCUGCUGCAGCUGCGGCUGCACCCCCUGCAACACGCCCUGCCCCGGGAGCGUCUUGCUGCUGCAUGCGAGACAGUAAUGCUGCGGCUGGUGGGGGACUGUGGGGUGGACUUGCGGCGGUGCAUGCGGCUGCACAGCAGCAGCAGCAGCAGCAGCAGCAGCAGCAGCAGCAGCGCAGCGCUGCUGCAGUUCGUGCCCGGGCUGGGGCCCCGCAAAGCCCUCCGUCUCCUGAAUAUGCUCAAGUCCUCCACCCUCGUUAUGCGCUCGCAACUGUGCAUGGCGGAAGACAGCGAGGAGUCCGAGGGAGAGUCCCCGCGAGGGUUUAGGGCUCGGGCCAAAGUGGCCAAGGCACUAGACGCAACAAAGAUUCACCCCACAGAAGACGGGGUUUGGCUGUCGCGGCUGUGCCAGAGAGCAGCAGCAGGGAAGCAGCAGCAGCAGCAGCAGCAGCAGCAGCAGCAGCAGGAAGCAAAGGAGAAAGCUGGCGAAGCAGACAAAGAAACUAAUGCUCAACAUCCAGCAGCAGAAAAUCAAACAAAUGACGAAAACGAAGAAGAAGCUAUCGCGGAAGUCCUCAAGGACCCUUCUUUGCUGGACGAAGUGGACUUGGAGGAGUUGGCGGCUCAGUAUAAAAACGAGCCCGACGGGCCCCGAAUUUUGCCGUAUUUGGAGUUUCUGGUUUCGCAGCUGCAGCGGCCGUUUGCUUCGGGGCUGCAUGCGUUUUGCGGGUUGAGUGACUUGGAGCUUUUUUAUUUGGCAACAAAUGAAUUAGAAGAAGAUUUAAAUGAAGGCUCUUUGGUUUGCUGCCACGUGGCGCAUGCAGCGGGCCUCCGGGUGUACGUACACCUCAAACCCUCCCACGUCCGCGUCUCCUUCGCAGACCUCCGCGAGCUCAGAUCCAUUUUGGCCAAAAGAACCAAAGCCACUUGUCCCCAGGAAGAAGACCUUUCUCCCCUCAUAGGGGAGGUGCUUCCAGGUCGCGUGUUGCGGCUGUUUCUGGACCCGGAGCUGCAGCGGGGAGUUCCCGUUUUUCGGAUUCUUUGUGUCUGCACGCAUGCAGCAGCAAAACAUGUUUUAUCUCUUUUUUGCGCUAAGACAAAAGCUGUCAACGCCCUCGCCAGCUUCCUCUCGCCUGCUGCGGCUUGCGACCUCCUCGCCACCCGCAGCUGCCUCAAGUUGUGCGAACACGAGGGUUUAGGCGAGAAGGAGGAAGCUAUUGCUGCAGACCACCAGACGCAGCAGCUGCAGCGCCACAGAGCCAUUCGGCACCCCAAUUAUAAACCCUGCUCCCACCGCAGGGCCCUUCAGCUGCUGCAGGACCCUGCGGUGCCUGUGGGGGAGGCUUUGUUCCGGCCUGGGGGCCACCGCGACGGCUUUGUGCUGAUGCUGAAAAGCUGCAGCAUGCCUUUUAGGGUUUUGUCGCUGCAUGUGGAAGAAGUUGCUGCAGCAGCAGCAGACCCAGCAGCAGCAGCAGCAGCAGCAGCAGCAGCAGCAGCAGCAGGCCAAGUCGGCAAGGAGCUCGUGCUGCUAGGCAACACUUAUGACUCCUUCGACCAAAUUAUUGCUGUCUUCUGCGAGCCCCUCAGAAUCAACCUCGAGGAAAUCGCCAGACAUCCCCGGCGGCAACACGUGGCGGAGUACGCGCGGGAGAAGCAGCGGCUGAUGGCGGAAGCAGCAGCGCGCCGGCGGCAGCGGGAGCUGCUGGAGCAGCAGCAGCAGCAGCAGCAGCUGCUGCUGCAGCAGCAGCAGCAGCACUACGUAGACACCGCCAUACAGCCCAGAAAAGACAGAGUCGCUCGCGAGUACAUAGAGCGAGCAGCGCGAGCUGUCUAUACACCCAAAAUCGGGGGCGAGAUAAGACAGAGGCCCCCCUACUACGGGGGCCCCUCUCCGUACCCGGGGGCCCCCCGGGGGCCCCCGGGGGGCCCCUACUCCCAAAGCCUAGAGGCUGAGGGCGACAGACACUGGGGGCACUCUGACAGAGACAACAGCUAUUAUGGGAGGCCUCGAGAUGAGGGGUUUAGGGAUAGGGGGGGCCCCCGGGGGGCCCCCCGGGGGGGCCCCCUGGGGGGCCCCCGGGGGGGCCCCCAGGGGGGCCCCCGGGGGGGGCCCCCUUAUGAAGACAGCCACAGGUGGGGGCCCCCGCAUGGGGACAGAUACAACAGAAGCGGCUGGAAGCAGCAGAGAGAAGACAGAGAAGGGACUUAUUACUAA